GAACUGGCUAUUGUGGCAUAAAUUAAAGUCUUUUGAAUAAAUAAGCACAAAGGCAGACUACGUAUGCUUGGUAAGGUGGAAGAAACAACUCAUCACUUUGUAUGGUUAUAUAAGGGCUUUGAUAAAGAAAGGGAAAAGCUUUGUGAGGAAUUCAAACAUUGUAAGGUGUAACAAAAGUUACAUUAUGUUAUUUAGUGAAAAAUAUUGGGGAAAUGGGGUAGGAUUAGGAAGGUGUUGUUACAUUACCUGAGGGAUGCAGGACAGAGUGAGAGAAUAUACAGCUCUAACUAUUUAGGAAGCAUGUUUGGUGGCAGCUAUAGACUAUUCAGUCAAGUCUGUUUUGUCAUUUAAAAAAAGAGCAGAAAGGGGUUGGAGUGGGGGAGUCUGUGGUCACUCUCUCGGGUAUAGAUGAGGUAGGCAGUGGUCCAGGGAGGCAGCAGGCCAUAGACCUUGGCUGCCAGCUCCAGAGUCCCUGGUCUGGAACCCAGAGUAGUGGGAGGUUCCAAGAAAGGUGGGGUGAAACCUGCUGAGGUAUGGGGUGUAAGAACCAUAGAGCCCAAAGACAGACAGAAGACCUGCUGUAAGGUCACUGGACUGCAGCUUGGUUGGACUCUGUUACCCUGGAAGGAGUGGACUAAAGCCUGACAUGGCUGGAAGACCAAGUUGCAGGAAAAGAGACCACCGUAGCAAUGGAGCGACCAUCGGCAAGGGGCACCAUAUGGGGAGACAGCUGCUAUGCCAUUCCUGGCCACAAGGAGAUGCUUCUGUGAAACCUUGAUGGAUACCCGGACGGCUACAGCUGAGCUGGGCUGGACUGCAAACCCUCCUUCAGGGUGGGAAGAAGUCAGCGGCUAUGAUGAGAACCUGAACACCAUCCGCACUUACCAGGUGUGCAACGUCUUCGAACCCAAUCAGAACAACUGGCUCCUCACCACGUUCAUAAACAGACGGGGGGCUCACCGCAUCUACACCGAGAUGCGCUUCACUGUGCGGGACUGCAGCAGCCUCCCCAACGUCCCUGGCUCCUGCAAGGAAACCUUCAACCUGUACUACUAUGAGACGGACUCUAUCAUUGCCACCAAGAAGUCGGCCUUCUGGACGGAGGCGCCCUACCUCAAAGUGGACACAAUUGCUGCUGAUGAGAGCUUCUCCCAGGUGGACUUUGGGGGCCGGUUGAUGAAGGUAAACACCGAGGUGAGGAGCUUCGGCCCCCUCACCCGCAAUGGCUUUUACCUCGCCUUCCAGGACUAUGGGGCUUGCAUGUCACUGCUUUCGGUCAGGGUCUUCUUCAAGAAGUGCCCGAGCGUGGUGCAGAACUUUGCCAUCUUCCCAGAGACCAUGACGGGGGCUGAGAGCACCUCUCUGGUGAUUGCACGUGGCACCUGCAUCCCCAAUGCUGAGGAGGUGGACGUGCCCAUUAAGCUGUACUGCAAUGGCGAUGGGGAGUGGAUGGUUCCCAUCGGCCGCUGCACUUGCAAGGCCGGCUACGAGGCUGAGAACAACGUGGCCUGCAAAGCUUGUCCAGCAGGGAUGUUUAAGGCCAACCAGGGUGUGGGGACCUGUGCCCAGUGUCCCACCAACAGUCGCUCCACAUCGGAGGCCUCUCCCAUCUGCACCUGCCGCAAUGGCUACUAUCGUGCUGAUUUUGACCCACCAGAGGCUGCCUGCACCAGUGUCCCAUCAGGGCCCCGCAACGUUAUCUCCAUUGUCAAUGAGACGUCCAUUAUCCUAGAGUGGCACCCACCCCGGGAGACAGGCGGGCGUGAUGACGUGACCUACGACAUCGUCUGUAAGAAGUGCCGGCCUGACCGCCGCAGUUGCUCCCGCUGCGAUGACAACGUGGAGUUUGUACCCAGGCAACUGGGCCUGACAGAGACCCGGGUCUUCAUCAGCAGCCUCUGGGCCCACACGCCGUACACCUUUGAGAUCCAGGCUGUUAAUGGCGUCUCUGGCAAGAGCCCCUUCCCCCCGCAGCAUGUGUCGGUGAAUAUCACCACAAACCAAGCUGCUCCCUCCACAGUUCCCAUCAUGCACCAGGUAAGUGCCACCAUGAGGAGCAUCACGCUGUCGUGGCCUCAGCCAGAGCAGCCCAACGGCAUCAUCCUGGACUACGAGAUUCGUUACUAUGAGAAGGUGAGCCGGAUCUGCCACCCCGAGAUCAGCAGCACUGUGGGCUCACGACCAGCCACCGACCACAAUGAGUACAAUUCGUCUAUGGCCAAGAGUCAGACCAACACGGCCAGGAUUGAGGGGCUGAGGCCUGGCAUGGUGUAUGUGGUGCAGGUGCGAGCCCGGACAGUGGCUGGCUAUGGGAAAUACAGCGGGAAAAUGUGCUUCCAAACACUGACAGAUGAUGACUACAAGUCGGAGCUGAGGGAGCAGUUGCCUUUGAUCGCAGGGUCUGCAGCAGCCGGUGUGGUCUUCAUUGUCUCGCUGGUGGCUAUUUCAAUCGUCUGCAGCAGGAAGCGGGCUUACAGCAAAGAGGCCGUGUACAGUGAUAAAUUACAGCACUACAGCACUGGCCGAGGCUCUCCAGGGAUGAAGAUCUACAUUGACCCCUUCACUUAUGAGGACCCCAACGAGGCUGUCCGUGAGUUUGCCAAGGAGAUUGACGUCUCCUUCGUGAAGAUUGAAGAAGUCAUUGGAGCAGGGGAGUUUGGAGAAGUGUAUAAAGGACGUCUGAAACUGCCCAGCAAGAGGGAAAUCUAUGUGGCCAUUAAGACAUUAAAGGCUGGCUACUCUGAGAAGCAGCGUAGGGAUUUCCUGAGUGAGGCCAGCAUCAUGGGACAGUUUGACCACCCAAAUAUCAUUCGGCUGGAAGGAGUGGUGACCAAAAGCCGGCCAGUUAUGAUCAUCACAGAGUUUAUGGAGAAUGGAGCUCUGGACUCCUUUCUGAGGCAAAACGACGGGCAGUUCACAGUCAUCCAACUGGUGGGGAUGCUCAGGGGAAUUGCUGCGGGAAUGAAGUACCUUGCGGAGAUGAACUACGUGCACCGGGACCUUGCCGCCAGAAACAUCCUGGUCAAUAGUAACUUGGUGUGCAAAGUGUCUGACUUUGGCCUCUCACGCUAUCUGCAAGAUGAUACCUCUGACCCAACCUAUACCAGCUCCUUGGGUGGGAAGAUCCCGGUGAGGUGGACAGCCCCUGAGGCCAUUGCCUACCGCAAGUUCACCUCUGCCAGUGAUGUCUGGAGUUACGGCAUUGUCAUGUGGGAAGUGAUGUCCUUUGGAGAGAGGCCGUACUGGGACAUGUCCAACCAAGAUGUAAUCAAUGCAAUUGAGCAAGAUUACCGUCUUCCCCCUCCUAUGGACUGCCCAGCUGCGCUGCACCAGCUCAUGCUAGACUGCUGGCAGAAAGACCGUAACACCCGCCCUCGCUUCACUGAGAUAGUCAACACCCUAGAUAAAAUGAUCCGAAACCCGGCAAGCCUCAAAACUGUGGCUACCAUCACCGCUGUGCCUUCUCAGCCUCUGUUAGACCGCUCCAUCCCAGAUUUCACUGCCUUUACCUCAGUAGAAGAUUGGUUAAGCGCCAUUAAAAUGAGCCAGUACAGAGACAACUUCCUGACUGCUGGCUUCACCUCCCUCCAGCUUGUUGCCCAGAUGACCUCAGAAGAUCUCCUGAGAAUAGGGGUGACUUUGGCCGGACACCAGAAGAAGAUUCUGAACAGUGUCCAGUCUAUGAGAGUACAGAUGAGUCAGUCUCCAACCUCGAUGGCAUGACGUCUCUCAUUUUAUGGGGAUGGGAAAGGGAGGAACAGACUGACAAAGCAGUGAAAAAUGUGGAAGGGUUGAAUUAUCGUCUGAGAACUGUAGCAGCUGCAGACAAAGAACACAUGGGACUCGUUUCUAACCGGCAGCUUCCGUUUCUCACUAACAGAAGCACACUUACCAAUGCCAGGGGAAACAGCAUAUAAAUAAAUAUAAAUAUGUACAAAUCAUAUAUUUAAAAGACAAUGAAGACAAACCAAUGUGUGUUGGGGAAAAAAAUAAACUCCAAUCCUACCACCA